UUUUAGCGUACAGACAAGACAAUUCCCGACCCGACCCAAAUAUCGCACACUCUCUCAGACUCUCAGGUUCCACUUUCCAGCUCGAUACUGUACAUAUUGUCGUCAACAGCCACAGCAGUAAGUAAACAGAGCCGCCGUGUACGGCUGACCAGUUGCCUUCAUCCGCUCUCCACCGCCAUUUCCUAGCUGGAUUUCGACACCGGCAGAACUACAAUCACUGGCCAUAUGCUGUCGGUAGUUCCCAUGCUCUGGGAAAUUCAUCAUUUGACAUCUAUACCCUCAGGUGGAAGUGAAAAUGCCUCGUGAUGGUCCGCUCCGGCCCGGAAUCAUAGACCCAGCUGCACUCAUUACCUAUGGCUAUUUCAAGAUUUCUGUUUAUUGUCAAUGCUAGGAGGAUUGCUCAUUCCCAGCUUGCAACACUUAGAAACAGCUGUUUGGAGGUUUGGUCACCAUGCUCAAUUGGAUUUCCUUACAUAUUUUCAAAGUUAAGUGCAGAAUGCAGAGUUUUUCAUAGAGGUUUUGCUUCAUGCACAUCAUACAAAUCUAAAGCUGUUUUCUGGAGAAGUAGAGGUUUACAAAACAGCCAUUCAUUCACCACAAAUAAUAAAGUCUCACACCAUGCUCAAAUGGCGUGGAAGAGUCUGUUUCAAAUGCAUUCCUGCUGUGGAGCCAUUAUACCCCCAUUAAGUAGGAUUGCUUGUGCAAUCAGCCUUGCUUUAUCCCGCUCCCACCUGGUAUCUCCAGGCAUUUUGGCUUUUCUUGUUGGCAAGUUCACUUGGAAACAGAGUGUAUAUGCAGAAUCCCCUAUCAAGGAGUCUCUAUACACACAGGCAAAAGAUGGACACAUUUACUUGACUUCAUUUGUGUUCUCACUUUUAGAGAGCUUGAUAUUGCUUCUCAGGGCAGUAUACUUGACAAUUUUGUUUUCACCUUGCAUACUAACAGCUCCUGUUGCAAACAUCCUUGAUAUCGAGUAUCGGAAGAAAUGGCUUCGUCUUGUUCGGACCACCUUAGAGAAGGCAGGUCCAGCAUUCAUAAAAUGGGGACAAUGGGCGGCAACUAGGCCAGAUCUGUUCCCAAAUGAUCUCUGCACAGAACUUGCUGAGCUUCACAGUAAAGCACCAGCACAUAGCUUUUCAUACACAAAAAGAAGUAUUGAAAAGGCAUUUGGCAGAAAGCUGGCAGAAAUAUUUGAACAAUUUGAGGAGCGUCCUGUAGCAUCUGGUAGUAUUGCUCAAGUUCAUCGAGCUAUCUUGAAAUUCCAAUAUCCUAGAAAGCCUGUUAAACCUAUGAUGGUUGCUGUAAAAGUUAGGCAUCCAGGCGUUGUUGAAGCUAUCAGAAGGGAUUUUGUAUUGAUUGAUUUACUUGGGCAAGUUUCUAAGUUCAUUCCUACUUUGAAAUGGUUGAGGUUGGAUGAAAGCAUUCAGCAAUUUGCAGUGUUCAUGAUGUCCCAAGUUGAUCUUUCUAGGGAAGCAGCUAACUUGAGUCGGUUUAUUUACAAUUUUCGUAGAUGGAAAGAUGUAUCAUUCCCAAAACCUCUAUAUCCUUUGGUACAUCCUGCUGUUUUAGUGGAAACAUUUGAACAUGGUGAUAAUGUUCUUCACUAUGUUGAUGGGCUCGAGGGACAAGAGCAUAUUAAAAGUUCACUUGCGCAUAUUGGGACUCAUGCACUCUUGAAGAUGCUUUUGGUAGACAAUUUCAUACAUGCAGAUAUGCAUCCAGGUAACAUUCUUGUUAGAGUAUCUAGACAGAAGGCCCCGAGUAAAGGCAUGUUCAAAUCGAAGCCUCAUGUGAUUUUUCUUGAUGUGGGUAUGACUGCUGAACUCUCUAAUAAGGAUCGUCUCACAUUGCUGGAAUUCUUUAAGGCCGUUGCAGUUCGAGAUGGCCGCACUGCUGCUGAGUGUACUCUUAGAUUAUCUAAGCAACAGAAGUGCCCCAGUCCAGAGGCAUUCGUUCAGGAAGUGGAGAAGACUUUCAACUUUUGGGGUACAGCUGAAGGUGGAAACUUCCAUCCUGCUGAUUGCAUGCAUCAUUUGCUUGAGCAAGUUAGGCGGCAUCGUGUAAACAUCGACGGGAACGUUUGUACGGUGAUGGUAACUACACUGGUACUGGAGGGAUGGCAGCGGAAACUGGAUCCUGAGUACGAUGUGUUGCAGACGUUGCAGACAUUACUUUUCAAAGUUGACUGGGCAGAGUCUCUCCAUUAUACUCUUGAAGGACUCAUGGCUCCAUAAAUCGCUUCCCCCUCCUUUUUUUGGUUAAAAAUAUUGUUUCUGCAUAAUUUUGACUGUUAAAAAAAUAAAAUUUGUGCUCCUUGGAAAGAGAUGAUAUACGUAUACCAUAUACAAAAGAUGAACAUCUUAAUCUUUUCCAAGCCAGUUGUUUGGCUCAUUA